CACCAGACCAGCCUCUGUACACAUUAGUACUGCGCGUGAUACGGUAACGUUUACGGAAAAACAAAGAGUAAAAAGAGACACAUGAUUAUCCAAGGAAAAAACUGUGUUAGUGUAACUUUCUUGGAGGAAUAGCAUCACAAGUUUGCUCUGCAUGACAGAGAGAGCCUGUCAUGUGCGGCUAUUACGUGAAAACACGUACGGAAAGAGCCUCUGACGCAUGUCCAGCAUGACAAGUGUAACUGUUUUGCAUUUUCUGCAUCACAGGCUUACACUUACACAGUUUUUUUCUUGCAUAAUGAUUUGGCGAAGAGCUGCAAGACGGGCGUUCAUCGUUGGCUACUUCUCUAGCCUGGCUUUGGGAACAGGGGUCGUUUGGCAUGGUGGUUGCUCAGUUUGAGUUUUGGAUUUCCCUUGGGGGGGCGGCUUUCUAGCAAGGGUAGCCUGGUUCGCUUUGGGUCGACAGCAGUAUUUUCAGACGAUAAGACAUCCUUCCUCGCCUUCCGAAAGGAAUUUUUCCUCCCUAGCGAUUAGACGGGCCUUGGCCGUAAUUUCGGGGAAUGGCGCAAACGUCCGUGGUCAGCGUGGGUGAGUCUUCCAGCAGCGGCGGUCUGCUCGUUGGGGUUCGAUGGGAGUUUGCCGGGCCUGCAGUGGCUGGGUUUGUUUUUUCGGGCCGCUUGCUAUUUGCCCAGCGAGCCAGAGGCUGGGGGCACACUGGAGGUGCGCGUCUAUUCGGUUUGGUUAACCGGGCAGCGCAAGGAGUUUGGCUGUCUGCGUGCCACAGGGGAGCUGCUUUUUGGAAGUUUCGGGCGGUCCGCUUGUCCCGAGGAGGGCGUCUAGGCUAGGAUAGCUAGCGGCAGCGGACGAGAUGGCUGUUUUCCUCCCGUUAGUUUGUUUGCUUUGCCACUCUCGGAUCGCAGAGACCUGGGUGCCACAGUGGGAAGCUAGCUCGGUGCUUUGCUGCUCUAGCUGCGCUAGCGCAGUGGUUUGUUACUCCUCUGGGGAAAUGCUGCUCCUGUUCUGAUGUGAUCCGCCCUGUGCAGCUGACCACAUAUCGCCUGAGUCUGGCCGCUCACGUCGUGCCGGUUCGUCCGGACAGACGUGUUUGUGGUGGAGUGGGCCGUUCCCCGCUACGGAAGCUAGGCACGGCCUGCUUGACCCAGUCCCAGCCCCAAUAGGCGCGGCCCAACGGGCCGCUUGGGUGUGUGCUCUGGAUAACACUCGGAAGGAACGCAACGAAAAAGAGACACAUGAUUUGGCGAAGAGCUGCA